CUACUCUGACGCGGCUCUGCCAAACAAGCGACGCGAUGAUCUCGCCCCUCCUUCCUCCCAUUCCCACUCCACCUCCGCGAACCUAGCUCCGCCGCAGUCGCAUUCAUCUGCCGCCUCCUCGUAGCCGCCGACGCCGCCGCCGGCCCGUCGCCUCACAGGACUCCCGUCCAUACGCAACCUUAUCUAGGGUUUCAGAAUGGUUGAGCACGUCCAAAACUAUGAUGUGCUGGAGAAGUGUACAAAAGAUAUUCUCUCCAUAAUCAAGCCAACAGAGGACGAUCGGAACAAACGACUGCAUGCAAUUCAGGAGAUUGUGAAUUCCAUCUAUUUAGUUGGUGGCUUAGGCGAUGCCGCUGUCAAACCUUUUGGAUCCUUUCUAUCAGAACUCUACGCAAAAUCAGGCGAUUUGGAUGUAUCAGUUGAGCUGCCAAAUGUCUCAGGCUUCUCUACAAGCAAGGAAAAGAAGCAAAAUCUCUUGAGAAAACUAAUGAAAGCUUUACAAAUUAGUGGUGUUGCUAGAGAUGUGAACUUCAUUCCUACUGCAAGAGUUCCAGUCCUUCAAUAUGUGAGCAACCACUUUGGCAUUUCCUGUGAUAUAUCCAUCAAUAACUACCCUGGUCGAAUUAAAUCCAAAGUGUUGUACUGGAUCAAUACCUUAGACAGCCGCUUUGGUGAUACGGUUUUAUUGGUCAAGGAAUGGGCAAAAGCUCAAAACAUUAAUGAUCCAAAAAAUGGAACCCUGAACUCCUAUUUGCUUUGCUUACUUGUCCUUUUUCAUUUUCAGACAUGCAAGCCUGCAAUUUUACCACCUAUGAAAGAGUUUUUUGAUUUUAACAUUCUAGGAGAAAUUGGGCCUUAUAAUGAAAAAAUUGUUGAUGAGAUCUGUGCCACAAAUAUAGCAAAAUUUCGACGCCGGAACAUAGGGCAAAGAAAUCAGAGCUCUCUGUCUCAUCUCCUUGCAACUUUUUUUGAGAAGUACUGUUUGCAGUUUGGGCGUAUUGUUGUCCAUUCUAGUGAGGUUGUAUCCACUUACACGGGUCGGCUCCUGCGAAAACAAGGCGGCCUAUACUGGAUGACCAAAUCUUACUGCUUGUUUGUUGAAGAUCCAUUUCAGAGACCUGAUAAUGCAGCUAGAACAGUUGAUGUGCCAGAGCUUCAGCAUAUUGUUAGAGCCUUCGAACAUGCUAAAAGUACAAUCUCCUCCAGUAGGCCGGCGGGCCGGAAUGAAUUGCUUUCGCUGCUGUGCACACCUGAAGUUGGUUCAAAACUAGGUGCGAGAGGCACGGCAAACCGUUACGCAAAUCCUGCGAUGACUUCAGAUCGUCAAGCUAAUGUGCAUGAUGUGACUGCAAUGUUUGAUGGGCUUUGGCGUGGACGUCUCCACAAUGGUUCCGCAUCCAGCUCGCGAUCCCAAGCAUCAUCCAGCAGGACAGCAGGGCAAUAUCGGUAGCAAGCCAACGAUAUCCACCGACAGGUAGUCCCAGGGUAGCAGCAGAUGUUCUUUCAGCUUUUCUACCAGCAGUGUGUACCAAGUAUGUUUAAUUAGUUAGCUUUUGCCCGACGAUCUGCAUCCUUAUGUUACUUGACCUAGUUCGCAGCCGGCCUCAUGUGCUUGAGCCCGUGGUCAUGUGGAUUGUAGGAUCCAAAACUUGUAGUAUCGGUUGACUGAACCUUCUUGGAAAUUUUCGUCGCUAUGCAUGCAAGUGCUAUGAAAUUCAAA